AUGGAAGAGUCAUACAAUGACACGAGUAUGAUUGCAAACAGAAUUUUUGUGAGCGACGUAUUCCAGCUAACAACUAACACACUAGUGCCCGUGCUGCAUCACGCUAGUGCCGACUCCCAGCUAACAACUAACACACUAGUGCCUGUGCUGCAUCACGCUAGUGCCGACCCCCAGCUAACAACUAACACACUAGUGCCCGUGCUGCAUCACGCUAGUGCCGACCCCCAGCUAACAACUAACACACUAGUGCCCGUGCUGCAUCACGCUAGUGCCGACCCCCAGCUAACAACUAACACACUAGUGCCCGUGCUGCAUCACGCUAGUGCCGACCCCCAGCUAACAACUAACACACUAGUGCCCGUGCUGCAUCACGCUAGUGCCGACCCCCAGCUAACAACUAACACACUAGUGCCCGUGCUGCAUCACGCUAGUGCCGACCCCCAGCUAACCACUAACACCUUAGUGCCUGUGCUGCAUCACGCUAGUACCGACACAAUGAUAGAGGCCGAGCAGCAUUGUUGA